UGGAAGUUGACAGAUGAGGCGCGAUGGGGUUCAUCGAGUCCUGCGAGAAUUAAUGUUGAUUAUUUGCUUCCCUUCUCGAUCUGUCUUCGCAGAUGAGUCAUGGAUCCAUUCUGGAUCGCCCUUCUUCUCUCUUUCCUCUGGCAUCCCGCCGCUUCAGAAGAGGAACGCUGCCUCACCGCUCUGCAAGCGAAAGUGAGUCCAAAGCGGCUGUACCAUGGAGGUGAAGUGGUGGACCUCACGCUGGAAGUGUCCCAUCGGUUGUCUCAUCAACUGAUCACUCACGUCAUCAAGAUGGUACUGGAGGAAUUUUACGGCUACCACCGAGUGCGAAUCGUGGAACAGGAAGACCAUUUCCUCCCCGUCAACGUCCUCAAGCGACUCUCGGGCGUCCUCAGAUGCACUUCCUCGUGCGUAGCAGUGGCGAAAGUGAACGGAUCGCAUCCGAUCCCGGACACGAUGGCGAACCUUGAACUCUGGCUUCCGCCGGGAAGUUCCAUGGAAAACUGGGAAUUCUAUGAUUUCUACGAUUCCGACUCCAUAGCUUUCCUCGGGAAUCUCGGACCCGGGGGCAGAUUGGGAUGGUGGUACCCUUCACACGUGGACACCCUGGGGAUGAAGGCCCACUGGGAGAUGUUUAAGGUCGCUAACGUCUCUCAAAUCUUCCGGCUCUCCGGAGAGGAAUAUCACAUGAUGAAGAAGCACAUGAUCGAUCCUCUCACUGGAAAGUAUUACUGCUCGAACGAUGACUGCGUAGAAGGGAUGAAAACACCCCCGAAAUGCAAGGGACAGAGAAUAAGACACAGGGCAACGGAAAUCAACGGAGUCUGCGGAUUCCUCCUCGCCUCGUAUCCGGAAGUGGAAGCGUCGAUAAUGGCGGAAAUCGAGGAGAUGGAAUUGUUCCUCGAAGUUGCUUAUUUGGGACCCCACCUCGUUCAAUUCGCCGAGCAUCUCCUGAAAAGAAACGUUCCAUUCUUGUUUCUUCACUAUUGGCCCUCAGAGAUACUUCUCAGCGGGAACUUCAGGAUGGUCCUCCUGCCUCCCUGUUUAGAGCAUUCGAGUCUGAACCCCAGCUGGAAAUGCAAUUACGCACUUCGACACUUCGUGAAAGUGGCCUGGAAACCUCUUCUUUCCAAGGCACCCGAUGCUUUCGAGGUGAUGUCGGAUCUAUACUUUCAUCAGAAAGACUACGAAGAUCUACUGGCUUCGUACCAUGAAGGGGAAAGAAUUAGGGACGUUGCCUGUCGAUGGCUUCGAGGUAAGGGGGAUUACUUGUGGAAGCAUCGGCGAAAAACCAGUCUUUACAUCGGAGGCAUCUUCCCGCUCCACGGAAGCGUUUACAAUGCCGUCGGAGUCGUCCCCGCUGCGAUGAUGGCGCGAGACGCGGUGAACAAGGACGACAGCAUCUUGGAAGACUACGUGCUGGAGGUGCAGUUGAUGGACGGGCAAUGCAAGCCGGACAUGGUCAUGAUGUCUUUCAUCCAGUACAUCAUACAAGCGGAAUUCAAGCAGUUUCUCGGGAUUCUCGGACCGGCCUGUUCAAAUACGAUCGAGCCGAUAGCCGGGGUAUCCAAGCACUUCAAGACAGUGGUGAUUAGUUACAGUGCAGAAGGAGCCGUGUUAACGGACAGGGAAAAGUACCCGUACUUUUUUCGCACCAUCGGGGAAAACAGGCAAUUCAAAGCCGUAUAUCUGCAGCUGCUUCAACAACUGGGAUGGAAACGAGUGGCGUCGUUGACCGAAGACGGCGAGAAAUAUGCAGAAUAUCUCUCCCAGCUCCAAGAUCUUCUCGAGGCCAACAAAAUCAGUUUCAUCGCGAACAGAAAAUUUCCCAGGGUGCGAGAGACCCAGAACAUGUCUCAGUACCUGGACGAAUUCCAGGCGGAGAGGGCUCGGAUCAUCAUCGGGGAUUUCUACGACUCGGCAGCUCGGGCAGUCAUGUGCGAAGCGUACAAGAAAGGAAUGACUGCCAAAAAUGGUUAUGUGUGGUUCUUACCGAGAUGGUUCUCUCGAGAUUGGUUCCACGCAAGCCAUUACAACCAGAUCCUUUCCAUAGAAGAAAGGGUCCCCUGCAACACAUCCGAAAUGAUGGAGGCCAUCAACGGUCACUUCUCGUUGGCCUACGCUUAUUUUGCCGAAGAGGAUGCCCUGAUGCAGGAAAGCAUCACCGUCGGGGAAUGGAGAAAGCGCUACGAGGCCGAAUGCGCAAAUUCUCCCAAAAUCAAAGGAGGAGGGGUGAGUCUCCCGGAGAAUAUCCAUCCAAGUGAUUACGCAGGAUUUGCCUACGAUGCCGUGUGGACGUUUGCCCUGGCCGCCGACAAGCUCCUGAAAGAAAAUCACUCCCAUGUCGCGGACUUCCAUUCCAUCUCGGCAGUCCAGAGGUUGGUGGAGAUCAUAAACGAAACGGAUUUCCUCGGGGUCAGUGGUCACGUUCAGUUCCGAGGUCCAUCGAGACGGCCGAUCAUCAACGUCCUCCAAUGGAGAAACAAUGCAAGCGUUGUCGUCGGCACGUUUUUCCCCAACGAAGAAGAUGGGGAAGGAAGAUACGAUGCGAAAGUCCGAGCCACCAAAGAGCACAUGAGGGCAUUGGGUCUAUUGGCCUCCUCCAACAUGUUGGCGCUAGACGAAUGGGAAAUUCCCAAGGAGAAUGUGGUCAUCAAUCGCAAGAUAGGGGAGGGGGCCUUUGGCACCGUCUACGGCGGAGAAGCCUCGAUCGACGACCGAGGAUGGGUAAGGGAUCUCAAGACGUAUUUGCUGUCUCGGAGGCAUCUAGUGCACGAGAAGGAUUCCGAUGAGGUAUCCCCAAGGAGACUGACUUGCAUGGCGCUCGACAUUGCCAGGGGUCUUGCUUUUCUUGCUCAGCUCAAAUACGUCCACAGGGAGAACCUGUUGCGAUCUUGUUGGGAUCUGACGCCGACCAAGAGGCCGCAUGCAUCCGAGAUAGUGGACUUGUUGAGUAACAAUCCCUGUCUCAUCACGCCAUGCCCCGACAUUCCCAGCGCACCUCUCCAAUUACAGGAGAUGACGUUGGUGAGGAAGCCAUCCUCGGGAAGGAGGAAGCGUAGCGGCGACCUAGGCCCCAGUGAAGGUUCCUUGUCACCUGGGACAUCCUCCGUGGCAAUCCCAUUGACCUUCCCCACAGCCCUCAGUCUCGAGAGUCACCGAAGGACAUUCAUCAAUGGUUUGUACCUGACCACGGGGAAAUUCGAAGACAAAGCCAUCGCCACGGAUUCCCCUGAAGACGAUUACAUCAACUGACAUGAUCCUGCCCUCCCUCUUGUGUAACAGAGAGAGGGCAUCGUUUUCAAUAUUUUCCCUCUUUUUCGAUGUCUAUUUAUAUUUUUUAAUGACUGAAGAGAAACGAUGCAUCGAAGGACACAUGAUUUUUCCUAUCUCCUCUUUGUAGAGUUGCUCACACUAUAUUCAAUAUUCAUUCUUGAAUCGUGCCACUGUUCUUCGCGAAGGAAGAAAAUUGUUCAUGGACGGGUACUGGGAUAUACGUGUGACUGUCACGUCCGCUCUUUCCAUAGGUUAUUUUCGGGUUUUAAAAAUGGCGUGCUGGUCACGUGAAAGAUAUAACCUGCAUUUGCAGCAUUGGAAAGACCGGCACAGGAUGAUAGUACUCAAGAGGAAUCAGAUUAUUAAUUUAUUUCUCGCGAGAAUGAAUGAGAUUGUAUAUUUUCCUUGGAUAAUAAAUGUGAGACCGACGCAUUUCACUGCGCUUAUCGAUG